ACGGCCGCUAAUCACCCACCCUAACCCGCCGCUAAUCACAUUCCCCACCUACCUUAUAGCACCUCCCCAACCCCCGCGCCUCCUUCUAAUCUGAAAUUCUCCAACCAACCCUAGCCGCCGAGGCACCUCCCAUCCUCCGCCGCCAUGGCCGAUUCUGGCGACUCGUCCCCGCACUCCGCCGCGGCCACCGACGAGACGCACCACGAGGGGUCGGAGGCCGCGGUGCAUGCACCGCCGCUGCCGCCGGCGAAGGUGCGGCUGAUGGUCAGCUACGGAGGGCGCAUCCAGCCGCGGCCCCACGACAACCAGCUCGCGUACGUCAACGGCGAGACGAAGAUCCUGUCGCUCGAGAGGCCGCUCCGCUUCGCCGACUUCGCCGCCCGCCUAGCCGCGCUCGCGGGGAACCCGGGGGACGUCUGCGUCAAGUACCAGCUCCCUGGGGAGGACCUCGACGCGCUAGUCUCCGUCACCAACGACGAGGAUCUGGAGCACCUCGUCCUCGAGUACGACCGCCUUCACCUGCACCGCCCCGCGCCUGGCUCCGGUAGCGGCUCCUCCCGCGGAUCCACGCUCAGGUUGAGGGUCUUCCUCUUUCCCGUCCAGUCGCCGCCGCCACCGCCACAGCCGGCCGGCCUUCUCGAGCCCAAGCAGGAGCGCCACUGGUUCGUCGAGGCUCUCAACACUGUUCCGCAGCCAAAGCAGGAGACGUUGCCCGGGCAGCAGUCGCCGCCGCAGCAGAAGCAGGAGGCGGUGUUCGCGCAGCAGUCGUCGCCGCCGCAAGUGAAGCAGGAGACGGUGUUCGUGCAGCAGCCGCCACCGCCGGCGAUGAUGCAGGUGCCGGCGCCUCAGCCUCCCAUGGUGCUAGCGCCGACGGGCCCCGACUACCUGUUCGGCCUCGACAACGGCUUCGUGCCUCCCCCAGCGGUGAAGGUGAAGGACCCAGCGGGCGAUCCUCCGACGGUGAGGGAGAACGUCCCUGUCGAGAUACCAGCCAAAAACGACGACCGCCAUCCCAACCCGGCAGGCGACCACGUCGCUAUCUCCCCUGUCGUCUCACCCGCCGAGUUCCAGCGCCAGAUCCAGGAGCUCGAGAAGCUGCAGGUCGCUGACAACGCUACCCACCACCCGCCACCAGCGCCUGCUCAGGCUGCCACCUCCGCUGCCCUCCCGAGGAACGGCAGCGACGACUCCCUGACCCGCGCCUACCCUCCCGCCACCGCCACCCCACCCGCCAACGCGGAGUACUACCUUCCAAAGUUCCCGGAGAAGCCCCCUGUCCCGCCUCCAUCAUCCGCUCCGCCCGCGACGGCUUACCUGCAGAUGCCUGGCAGGUAUACAUCCGUCGCUCCUGGCUCCGGCGCUGACCAUGCCCCUGUCUUCUUCAUCCCGGCGCCCCAUGGCUACUUCGCCGCCACCGCCUCGCCAGGUGCGACCUCCUUCCCCGCCGUCUACGCCGUCGCACCACCCAAUGGCAAUGCUAACGCGAAUGGCUCCGCCCCUUCAGCGGGCAUGUCGAAUGCCACAGCCUACGCCCCAGCCUCGCAUGUUGCGUAUGACAGCAAUGGCCGCGCCAUCUACUACACCAGCGUACUCCCCCAGUACCCUUCGGCUGUCAAUGGCAUGUCGGCGGCGGGUGCAGUACUCGGCUCAGAGCCCCCGAAUCCCGUGGCUGUGAAGCCGACCGUCUCCUGAUCACCAUCUCACCUCGCCAGUCGCCUAUCUAUGGAUCAAAGGAGUUUUCCAAUUUUUCUUUCGUCCGUUAAUAUGCGUUGAUACUGAAUGUCAGUUGGAUUCGUUAUUGUCUCUAGUAUUCACCUAUAUUCUUUUCCUCUUUUUUUCCUCCUUUUUUUAAAAUUGUCUAGAGUUUUGGUUUGCUGUUCUGGGUUCGUGAUAUGCAAACUACUAGAGUUCUUUGUGUGCUUAGAUGUACAUACAGAGUCUGCAGACAUAAUGGAUAUUAUAUUAGCCUAUUGGAGAGUUGUUUAACAAUCUUAAGGUGUUGGUUGCUGCCAUUUGUUAAUUCUUUUGAUUGUUAUAUCGAUACAUGUCAGCAGUUCGAUGCGGGCUAAUUGGCCAUC